GCCUCCUCCUGGCCGCCUGUUGCUAGGCAGGCCCGGACGCAGCUGCCGUGGUUUCCUGCCCGCUCGGAGGCGGCUGGUGGCGGGACGCAGCUCGGUGUCCCGCCUGCCCCUGCCAUGGAGGGUGACAAGAGAAGAACCAAAGAAGAUACCUGGAAAGCAGAAGAACUUAAGAAGCACCUCAGGGCAUCACAACCAGAUAGUCAAAAUGAAGACCAAAAGCACAACGAAAAGAAACUGCACAAAGAGAGGUCUUUUCAUGACACAGGCACUCAUAAACAUGAACACAGAGACAGAGGAAAGAGUAAGGAAAGAAUGAGAGAGAGGUUCAAGUCAGGUGAAAGAGACAGGGAUAAAAUGAGAGAGAGAGAAAGGGGAAAUGAGCACCAGAGAGAAGGUGACCAAGAGAGACACAGAGAUAAACAUCGAGAGUCGAGUUUGCAGAAGGAGAGAUACAGUGUACCAAAAGAUAAAGACAGGGAGAGCAACAGAGAACGAGACAAAGCACAUAAAAGACAUGAGAUGAAGAAAACAGAUACACAAAAUAAUCUGAAGUCAUUUGAAGGAGAAGAUAAAGAACAUCACAGAAGAAGAGAAAGCAGACAUCACUGGGAGGAGGAAAAAAUGAGAAGUGAAGCACGAGAAAGAAGGCAUACAGAAAAGAAGGAUAAUGGUGCCAAAAAGAGCAUUGACAAAUUUUUAGCCUACCAAUGUGAAGAAGGUGAACGUGUACACAAGUUACAGAAAGAUCAAGAGCUGGAUAAAGAAAGAGAAAGAAGACACAGAGAAAAAAAAGAACAUUCUGCUAGGCCAGGGAAAGAGAGAAGUCAUAAACAUUAUGAAAAGCAGUUGGAAGAAAAACAUAAAUCAAAGAGAUCUAAAGAGGGAUCUUCCCAUGGAGACAGAGAAGAGCAACCAGCAGAAGCUAAUGAGAGAUUAAAAAGUAGAGAAAAUGAAAGAAGGAAGCGAAAUCUAGGGAGCAGUGAUUACAAAAAAGAGGAUGGGAUUGAAGAAGAAAUGACCCAUCAGCAUGUAAGGAAUGUAAAAGAUAAUGGAAAAUUCACUGAGAAAGAGGAAAAGGACACAAAACAAGAGGAAAAGAAAGAUAAAAGCAUCUAUAAUUCAAGCCUGGGAUCUGAUAACUUGUCAGUAAAUUAUGAAGAUGAUUUUGAAGACUAUGAGGAUGAUUUUGAAGACGAUGAAGAUAACAGUGAUGAAGAAGGAGAUGCAGAAGAAAACCAAAGAGAGAUUCCUUUUCCCAGAACAUCAGAAAUUGAAGAAAUUCAAAAAGCAAUUAGUGCAGAAAAUGAUAGAAUUUGUACUUCACUGCCAAAGAAAACUGAUGAUGAAAAACAAGAACCAACCAUGGAAAGGCAACACCCUUCUGUCAAGAACUCUUUUUGUGGGAUAUUCAUGGAUUUUCAAAUGGCAAACCAACGGCAAAUUAGCCGAAUUCUGGCUAGUAAACAGAAAAAACGGAGUUCGGAACUUCUCCCACUGAUUGAUCUGGACUUCUCAGUUAGUUUUCCUCUGUUGGAUUUGCCUCCUGUAAAUGAAUAUGACAUGUAUAUCAGGAAUUUUGGGAAGAUGAACACUAAGCAGGCAUAUGUUCAGUGUAACGAGGACAAUCUUGAGAGAGAUGUUCAGACUGAGGAAAUUGAGACGUUGGAUAAAUGGACGCAGCAUCCAGGAGAGGGCGCCCUUGUGUCUGGAGGUUCUGUGAACAACCAGGUUAUGUCAGUGAAUGGAAAUCUAACACCUAAAAUUGAUUCACAAAGAUUAGCAAAUUUCCUCCAGUCUGCUUGCCAGGUGAUUGCUGUCUUGCUAGAGGAAGAUCAAGCUGCAACACAACCCGGGUGGAAACCAAGAUCUCGGCAAACCAGUCUGUCUAUUAGUGAUAGCUGUUUCCAGUUAAAUACUAACCAGCCAUUCCUCCAUGACCGAAAAGUAUCCUGCCUGUAUGUCUCUCAAGUUCAGAGGCAGACACUGCUUUCUGUUCAUGGAUUACCUGAGAAGGCAGGUGUUGACUUACUCAACAAAAAGAGCAUCAUCUGUGUUUGGAACAUCUGGCAGCCCUCCAGUCCUCAGAAAGUUUUAAUAUGUGACUCAGAGGUGAUUUGUUGCUGUUUUAGUCCCAGUAAAACACCAUUAGUUUUUGCUGGAACAGUAGAUGGCUCAUUGUUGGUGUGGGAUCUUCGAGAAGACUCAAGAAUGCAUCCUCAUGUGAUGAUGAAUGAAAGUGACUGGGCAUUUAGAGUUCCAACAUUUUCCACUGAUGGCAUUCUAAACUCAGUAAACCACACCUCUCCUAUACUAGCAGUGGAACCUGUCUCAACCUCCUCUCUCUACGCUGAUUGGAAUUAUGGCCUCUCCAGUCUCUCUGAUCAGCAGGAUAUGUCAGGCCCUCCCUUUCAGAUAGCAUCAAUGGAUGAGAAUGGAAUCCUCAAUAUGUGGGUAGUGGUGGAGUUGCAAAAAGUGGAUUUAGCUGGUUCACAGACUGAUUUAGGUUUAAUUCCUGGAGGGAAAGUGAAGCUAGUGCAUAGCUCUACUAUGGAAUUGAGUAACAGCCUCUUCCCAAAGGAUGUGCGCCAGAGAAUGCCCCAGACACUCACUCUUAAAUUUCUGCCUUCUAAUCCUAAUCAUUUCAUUGUUGGAACAAACAUUGGGCUGGUAGGCCACAGGACAAGACAUGACUUGAAGGUUUUUCCAAAGCUAUUCAGACCUCAAGAAAGUGGACUGAGAUCAGUAAGCGUCACCGCCAUUGAUUUCUUCCCUUUUGGAAAACCACUCUUUUUGGUUGGCUGUUCAGAUGGAAGCAUUAGAUUACACCAGAUGACAUCAGAGUAUCCACUCAUGCAGUGGAAUGACAGCACAAAGGGGCAGCCAGUUAUUGCCCUGCAGUGGGCUUUAACCAGACCUGCUGUGUUUUUUGUCCUGGAUGCAUCAUCAAAUAUUUACAUUUGGGACCUCCUGGAAAAUGAUCUGCUGCCUGUGGCAAAGCAGCCUAUUCCAUCAGAGAACAUUCUAAGCAUGGCUCUGUUGGGAGAACCAGAAAAAACAAAUGGGUUGUUAGGCAUUGUGCUGGCCAAGGAAUCUGGGCAGAUGGACAUUCAGUACGUUAAGAAGAAGUGGGCAGUACCUCAGCCUGAUGAAUCUGAGAAGCUGCAUUCGAUUUUAUUGCAGUCUGUUUAGAAGCAGUGCCUCUGUCUGGCUGUAACAAGUUAGUGCAAAACAGUUCCAUUCUUUCCCACUGCACUUAGAUCUGACAUUUGAAUUUGUACAGUAACUUGUAUAUAUGUUAAAGAUCAGCAACAGACUGUUUCAGUUCUAUGUUUUACCUUUAAAAGGCCAGAACCAAAUGUAGCAUUGUUGUACUGAAGAAGAUGAUGGAUUGUAUUUCAUUAUGUAAAGUACUCUGGAUGUAGAUAUAGUUUGUUAAAAAUACUGAAGAUAUAUUCCUAUAAAUUACACUGCUGUUGGUUUUUGUUCUGUUCUGAAGUGAUGGCAAGCCUUUGGUGAGCAUUAGGUUGUGCCUUUAUAUAAGGAACCUGAAUGGAUGGAGACUUCUCUCUGGGCCAUUUCCAUCCUAGGUAAGGCUCUCUGUGAGAGAGAAUCCAAAUUUACAUCACACAAAAUGGCUUAGGUUGGAAGGGACCUAAGAGAUCAUCUCCUCCAACCUCCCCACCAUGGGCAGGGACAUCUCUCAACUAGACUUGGCUGCUGAAGACUUCAUCCAGCCUGGCCUUGAACACCCCCAGGGUGUUCCUCAACCCACUAGGCUGCCCACAACCUCCAUGGGCAGCCUAGUCCAGAGUCUCACCACCCUGGUACAGAAGAACUUCUUCUGUGACCCAGUCUAAACCUACUGUCCCUCAGCUUAAAACCAUUCCCUCUUGUCCUGCUGCUAUCUUACUUUGCAAAAGGAGUCCUUAAGCUGUGCACUGCCUGUUUGGAUCCAACUAUGCAAACAAUGUGCUUGUGAGAUUUUCUGAAAUUCCAAAUCCUUGGGAAUUUCUCAUAUAAACCAGAAAACGCUGACCUGUUUAACCCUGCAGAUAAUUUCCAAAGCUUUUGUAAUGAGAAGUAUAGCUGGCUACAUUACUCAUUUUUUUUGUGCUAUUGAUGAAGUUUGUACCCAGACCAAGCAUUGAAAACGUCUUUAAAUUCAAUAAGAAACUGUCAGGUAGAAAGUCAUACAGAAAACAAUGAGUGAGCACGGAUUUGAAGGGGAAAAAUACAACUGGAAGAUAAUGUGGUUAGAAUUUAUGUAUAUAAAUAUAUUUUUGAUAUAUAUACUGAAGAUAAAGACCAUCUCCUCCUGAACCAGAUGAAAGUAAGUUGUAAAUUCAAAUGAACUAGUUGUAAACGUUUGCUUUGUAAAGUGAACAAACUCAAAGUGGCCACAGGGUGGCGCCAACUCACAGCAGUUAACAACUCUACCUCGGUGAUGAACCUGUUGCAGUCUACCGCACAUUGACCUCUCCUCAGAAGCAGCGGCUGUAAUCCAGACAGCUCGAAGUGGCAGAGAGAGACCAUUUUUGCUGUCCUAACUUGCUAAUCAGCCAUAUAAUUUAUUUUUAUAUGCAUAAAUAAAGUUUCUCAAAGUGGAUGAGUAAAAUACAAAAUGCAUCUGGAAAAUCUA